UAAUAUACGGAUACUGUAAACUUGACAAAAUCUCAAUAUAUUCAAGAAUCACUGUCUGCUGCUUCCUUUGCUCAAAGUUUAAAACCCGAAAAAAUUCUCUGCUUAUAGCUUACCCAACUCAUUUUUAGUGACAUUUCGUGAGCAAAAAGGAGAAAAAUUCUGUCUAGCGAAAAAGCGCGGAAAUUUUGUCAAAAUUGUGGUUCCCCAAAAACCCUAAUUGGACUUGUUUUGUAAUGCUUAAACUCGAACCUGUUUGGAUAUAUUUGUUGGUUAGUUGAAAUUUGACGAGAUUGAACUGAAUCGGAUGGAGAGAUCCAGAUCUAAGAGGUAUUAUUAUGACCAGGACUAUGAUUCCGAAAACUUACACUCGAGGACGAAACAACGCUAUAGUGGUUCCCAUAGCGGCGGCGGAGGAGGCGGAGUGGGAGGAGGACAACAUUUUGUUUCCGGUAACCACCGUCGAUCUGUUGGGGGAGGUGGGAGUGGUGGUGGUGGUGGUGGUGGACGGAAAGUGCAGGACCUUUCAUUGAUGGUUACAACCAGUUAUCGAAUUCUUUGCCAUGACUUAAAGGCUGGGGGUGUUAUUGGAAAAUCCGGGAGCAUCAUAAAGGCCAUUAGACAGCAUACUGGGGCGUGGAUCAAUGUGCACGAGCUGAUUCCCGGGGAUGAAGAGAGAAUUAUUGAAAUUUCUGAUACAAGGAGACGGGACCCAGAUGGCCGGAUGCCUGCGUUUUCGCCUGCUCAAGAGGCACUGUACUUGAUUCAUGAACGCAUUUUGGAGAACGAUGUUGGAGGGUUUAAACAUAAUGUUGGGUUUGGUGAUGAUCCAAUUGACGAGUAUGGGCCGAGGGGAAGUGGUGGUGGGACUGGUAAUAAUGGUAACCGGGUGGUGACGAGAUUGGUAGUGUCACGAAUGCAUGUGGGGUCAUUGCUUGGGAAAGGAGGGAAGAUAAUUGAGCAAAUGAGGAUUGAGACUAAGACACAGAUUAGGAUUUUACCACGAGAUCACACAUUGCCACGUUGUGUUGCAAUGUCAGAAGAAAUUGUUCAGGUUGUUGGAGAUAUGAAUGCUGUAAAGAAUGCUGUAGCAAUUAUUUCCUCACGCUUAAGAGAGAGUCAACAUCGUGACAGAAGCCAUUUUCAUAAUCGGCUACAUUCCCCUGAGCGUUUCUUUCCUCCAGAUGAUAAUUUUAUCCCUAUUAACACUGCAUCAAGAAAGUCUUCUGUGGAAGGACCAAAUUAUGGAUCAAGGAUUCCUGCUGGUUCCAGGAGCAAUAACUAUUCUUCGCAUCCUUCUGGAUAUCUUACUGAAUCUGUACCUGAAUUUGCGGGUGACAAUACACAAGCUUUUUCUGGUGAAGAUCUUGUGUUUCGAAUACUUUGCCCAGCUGACAAGGUUGAUAGUGUUUUUGGGGAGUCAAAUGCGUUUAUGGAGUUGCUUCAAGAAGAAAUAGGAGUGGAUGUUAAGGUUGCAGAUCCAGUUGCUGGUGUGGACGAACACAUAAUUAUUAUUUCAUCUGAGGAGGGCCCUGAUGAUGAGCUGUUCCCUGCUCAAGAAGCUUUGUUGCAUAUUCAAACCCGAAUUGUCGACCUCGUCCCAGAAAAAGAAAACAUUAUCACCACUCGGUUACUUCUGCAGUCGGAUGAACUUGGAUGCUUAGGGUUAAAAGAUGGAAUGUUACCUGAGAUGAGGAAAAUAACUGGUGCAAACAUACACAUUUUGCCUAGGGAAGAACAGCCUGCAUUUGUAUCUGAAACUGAUGAAAUUUUACAGAUUGUUGGGGAGAUCAAAGCUGCUCGUGAGGCUCUAGUCGAGGUAACAUCAAAGCUGAGGAGUUACAUUUAUCGAGAGUUCCUAGAGCUGGAUGCUCCAACUCCGAUUUCUGCUUCUAACACUGCGGAGGUGGAACACAAGGCAAUUUCUAGCAACAGCAUUACACAAUCUCAAGAAAUUCACUCUGGGAAUAGUCCAACCAAAUCAACUCAUCAGGGUACACCAACUGUAGUAACAGAACAGCAAGCAAAAGAUGUGGGGCCCUCGGGUAGUGAAUCAGUGAAGCAAAAUGGAAGUGAACGUCGUGAAGAUAUUCCUAAUAUAUUGAAUAGAUUAUCUGUACCACUCGUUACUAGAAGUACAUUGGAAAUUGUUAUAACACCAAAUGUGGCAUCCAAACUCGUAACAAAAUCAAGAAACAAGCUCACUUUUAUCAGUGAGUUAUCAGGAGCGAAUGUUAAAUUGAUGGAAGAUAGACCAGAGGUAACAGAGAAGAUCAUUCAAAUAUCAGGGACUCCGGAGCAAGCUGAGAGAGCUCAGAGCUUGCUACAAGGAUUUAUUUUGAGCACCGAGGAAGAUGGCCCUUAGAUGUCGUCAGGCGGGCAAGACUCCAUUGAAGAGGCAACUUGUGACUUCUAUCAGUAGCCUGAGUUUUCCAUUUCCAGUCAAUAUUUUAUGUUCUGCUCCAUUACCCAAGCAGUGGAGCGGCUGCCUUUUCGUAGAAGAAAGCUUUUUAACCAGCAUGUACAAACUGAAAUUGCCUGUCAUUUAAGUGUGAUGCCUAGAACUCCCUAUGUUUGUAUGGUGCAGUUUACCGAGUUUUCUGGAUAGAUCCUGGAACGGAUUAAAUACAUGUUUUGUAUCUGAUAUUUGUUUCCAGAUAAUUUUUUUGAGAUAAAUAGCUUUUGUAAUGUGGAUUAUUUUGAAGCUUAGCAAAGGGAUUCUUGUUUUGGAA